CCAGCGUGCUACCGCUUGAGCCACAUCCCCAGCCCUCAUUCGUGGUUUUUAUUAAGGUCAGGAGGUUUCCACUGUCACUGCUCUCCAAUGGCAGGACACUCCCAUCACCCUCAAAAGAACCUCAGUCCUGUGAGCAGCCCCUCCCACCUGCCCCCUGUGGCUGUGCCUGGGCUGAGUGCAGAAUAUCCCAGAAGCCUGGGUGCCCCAACCCUCAGCCCAGCCUCCUGGACUGACCAGCCGGUCCCUUCCCUUCCACAGGCCUUCACCAUCAUGGACCAGAACAGGGAUGGCUUCAUUGACAAGAACGAUCUGAGGGACACUUUUGCCGCCCUUGGGCGUGUGAACGUGAAGAACGAGGAAAUCGAUGAAAUGAUCAAGGAGGCUCCGGGGCCCAUUAACUUCACCGUGUUCCUGACAAUGUUUGGGGAGAAACUCAAGGGGGCGGACCCCGAGGAGACCAUCCUCAACGCAUUCAAGGUGUUCGACCCGGAAGGCAAAGGGGUGCUGAAGGCCGACUACGUGCGGGAGAUGCUGACCACACAGGCAGAGAGGUUCUCCAAGGAGGAGAUCGACCAGAUGUUCUCGGCCUUCCCCCCUGACGUGACGGGCAACCUGGACUACAAGAACCUGGUGCACAUCAUCACCCACGGGGAGGAGAAGGACUGA